AUGUUCCAGGGCCUCCAGGCUGAUUGGGAGGGCGGAAACUGGCAGCGCAUCCGCGGCGCCAUUGAUCAGAGAAUAGCAGAGGAACAGGCACGCCAAAAGGCCACGCAACCAACUGCGCCUGCGCGAUCGAGCUCUACCCAACGCCGGUCCACUUCGCGCAACCUUUCGCCUUCGAAACGAACAGUGAAAGCCAAGGAUGCAGACGGCAAGACUGCACCAGCUGGCAAAGGCCCCGACCCCUCGGAAUUUGACCCCGAGUUCGUCAUAGGCGAGGAAGACGAUGCACCAAGUCGGAGCGGCACGCCCAAGCCCAAGGAGAAGGCGCAGUCGGCUAACGCUGGCGCAAAGAAUGACGACGACACUCAGGAUGGGCCAGCUGCCCAAGCAGAUGACAAGGCAGACAAGGCGCCAGAACUGUCACCCGAGAUUCAGACACGACUACGUAGAUUGGACAAGCUAGAACCCAAGUACACUGAACUCCUCCGCUCGUACCGCAUCGCACAUGCCCGCAUUGGUGCGAUCGAGACGUUUGAAAGCUCCCUCCGCGAAUACACGCCCCUCACCUCUAUUGCCGAUUCUGCCGCCUUUGUCGAAUACCUCGGUCAACUGAAUGUCAAGAGUGACAUGCUCAUGGAGGAGUUGAAGCGUGUCUCCAAGGAGCGUGAUGAGAUCAAGAAGCAGGCGGAAGAAGCAGAGCAGCGGGCCAAGGCAGCCGAGGAAAAAGUCGAGACAAUGAAAUCGCAGCCAUCUACGGCUUCAGAGAGCGUUCAAGAUGACUCUACAACCCAGACGGAAUCUACAGCACCCUCCACAACGUCCAAGCAGACGGAAAGGACGGAUGAAACGGAGGAAUUCUUCUCUUAUGACAGUGAGCUGCCCCGCCUGCAGUCGCAAUUGCAAGAGAGCGAGGAGAAGAUCGGGAAGCUCGAGGAGGAGAAUAAAUCGCUGAAGAAUGAACUGGCUACCGCACAAGAUUCUGCAGAAUCCUUCAUGAAGAACCUGGAAACGACUACAAAUGAUCUCAAUUCAUUCAAAGAUACGCACCAGCAACUACAACGCGAGGCAGACGAGCGGGAGAAGGAGCUAAGUGCUACGAUUGCAGAUCUCCAGUCGCGAGUGGAAAGCGCAGAACAGGGAUUGGCAACGCACAAAUCUAUCCACGAGCAAGACGAAAAGGCCAUGGCCGAGCUCAAGCAGAAACUCGAAAAGGCGACCCAAGAGCUGCAAGAGCUGCAUGCAGAAAAAGGCGAAAAGAUUGUGGAAGACGAUCAAAUACAAUUGUUGAGAGAACAGCUCAAGACAAUCGAGGCUGAAUUAGCUAACCUACGCGAAACACACAGCAAGGCCGAGAAGCGCAAUGAGACUAUGAAUGGUCUGAUGGCGAAAUUGCGAGAGCAACUCAAGGAUACGGAAGCGAAGCGUGACAGCGCCUUGGUGGAUCUCCAAAGGAUGCAAAAGGAGUUGGAAGCUGUCAACAAGGCUAAGGCGACUAGUCCGGCAUCUGCCUCGCCACGACCACAGCUGGCGGCUCCACAACCCGUUCUAUCUGCAGCACAGAAGAAGAGGAAUAAGAAAAAGGGCAAAGGCGCAAAGGGAGCAGAGGCGGGUGCUGCUACUCCAGAGGCCACGCCAAGCGAGGCGGGAGACAGCAAUGGCCUUCUCAGUCCUCGCGAUGCGGAGUUCUCGCAGUCUCAAGCGGAGGAUGCACAGAAGAGGAUUGCUGAACUCAAAUCGGAGUUGGAAGAAAAGGUGGCCGCCAUGGAGACGCUUCAGGCCGAGAUGGACCAAAAGGCAUCUUCCAUGGAGAUAUUGAGGAAGAAGUUGAAGGAUCAAGACGACAUGCAAGAGGAGAUUGAUACGCUGCGGCAAGAUCUUCUGGACUUUGGCUCUGAGCAUACAGAAGCAAAGGACAAGGUGAAGCAGCUACAGGCUGAAAAAUCGGCCCUGCAAGAGAGUCUGGCCAAGCUCGAGGCGGAGAUUGCUGAACUACGUACGGGCAAAACUGCACACGAAAGCUCGCAGCAGGAGCGAGAAAGACUGACUGCCGAGUUCGAGCAGCUUCAAUCCAAGGUGGAUUCAUUACAAACAGACCUGUCGAUUGCUGAAAAGCUAGCUGCGUCGCGGUUCAAGGAUGUCACAGACAUGCGAGAAGUAUUGCAAAAGGCACAGCCCGAACUAACCUCGCUACGCAAAGAAGUCGCCGAGCUACGGUUGAGCAAGGAGGAGUUGUCGGCAGAGACGGCCAAAGUGCGAAGACUCGAAGGCCGUGAAAAGGAUCUCAAGUCGGAGAUUGCCAGCUACAAAGCGCAACUGUCAGACAAGGAGGGCGACGUCAAGGCUCUGCAAGAAAAGAUGAAGCAAGAGACGACGCAAAGACAGGCACUGGAAGAGACGAAUCGCAAAAUCCAGCGCGAUCUUCAAAAGUCGGAAGUGGAGCGCAAAGACGUCCUGGAAAGCCGGGAUGGGUUGAGCAAAGAGUUGAGCAAGGCACAAGAGGAGCUCAAGAUGGCACGCAGCAAGGUAUUGGCUCUGGAAGAAGAAGUAGCGAAACUGAAGCGCGAAGCGGAUGGGCUGCGUGAUGAGAUUCAGCUCAAGACGGCGCAGUAUAGUAGCGCGCAAGAGUUGAUGAAUAGCAUGCAAGAUCAGACGCAAGAGAUGAGCACGCAGAUGAAGGAAGUGCGCAGCAAGAGCGAGAGUCUGGAAGAGGAACUGGCGGAUGCUCAUCGACUUUUGAGCGAACGUGGACGCGAAGCCGAGACGAUGCGACGACUACUCAACGAGGCUCAAGGGCGAGCGGAGGGUCGGAUACGGGAGAUGCAAGAACGGUUGGAUGUGGCGGUGGAAGAGCGGGAGCGGGCGGAAGAACAAGCCAGCACGUUUGGGCGGCGACGAGCGCGGGAAUUGGAAGAACUCAAGCAAAAGGUUCGCGAUGCUGAACGGGCGCAAGCCCGGGCGGUCGAGGACAAGGAGGAGCUGGCAGCAGCGGAAAAGGAGCUUCGACGACAAAGAGACGAGUUUGAGAGGAAAGCAGGGCAGGCCAGGGAAGAGGUGGUGGAAGUACGAUCUGCCAUGGGUCAGCUGCGGGAUGCGCUUGACGAGGUGGAAAAGCAGGCGCGCGAGUUGGAGAAGGAGAAGAAUGAGGUGCGGCGUGCGUUUGACGAGACUCAAGGUCGGUUGGAGAAGGUACAAAAGUCGGGCAAGAUGAUGUCUGAGGAGCUUCGGGCGCUCAAAGCUCGCGGCGGUGAAUCGACUACGACGGCAACGACGACAACGAUGGGCCCCUCUUCGCGUACGUCGGUGGAGUCGUCACGGUCCCGAAUGGUGUCGCCUGCACCCGGCCGGCCUGGUACGGCGGGUGGGAGCGGGGAGGCGAUGGACUAUGUCUACCUCAAGAACGUGCUGCUGCAAUUCCUCGAGCAACGGGACAAGAAGCACCAGCAGCAGCUGAUUCCGGUGCUGGCCAUGUUGCUGCACUUUGACAAAACGGACGAGCAGAAAUGGAUGGCUGCGGUGUCGGCCAAGUGA